CGUUCGCUCCCAGCUCUCUGCAAGCUCUCUGUGUCGCACUACUCAUACUGGAGCAUAGUUCUUCUCGUUUGAUGCUAUAAUGGAUAGCUUCGGCAACAAAGGCAAGGAGAGAGCAACGGACGACGCGCUCUUCCUGGAGCGGCUUGAUAUGCUGUUCGAACAAAGCCUAGCAGACAUCCGGGCCUUUGCUGAACGCGAAUGCAGGACAUUCGACGAGAUCCGGAAACGUAUGGCAGAGCUGCACUCGAAGUACCUCUUCGAACCAUCCAGUGUGGCGACGUCGACAAGAGACAGGAAGGAACUCACGAGGAGUGUGCUUCUCAGCGUGUCGCGGCAAAUGGAGUGUUUGGAAACCCUCGCCGGCCUGCAAUCGUUCUUUCUUGUAGUCGAUCCAUCCGACCAAGCGGACGAGGGCUUCCUCGGCGGAACUCUUUCUGGGCGCGAGUUCUGGCGCGGCCACCGUGGAUGCGGCUCCCCAGGCGCACAGAUGUUCAAAGCACAUUGCGUCCGCGCCGCGCAAUCACGGCCACACAGCCUUGGUUCACCUCCCAUGAUAGACCCUACACUCCUUCCGACACCUGUGCCGCCAGCCGCGACGGGAACGGGGACGAAAGGUUCUGCGCGAGAGCUCAAGGCGGAGCUGUACGCAGCUAUGCGCGACGCGCUCAGAGCCGCAUCGGGCGUCAGAACGGCAGAGAUGAAAUGGACCAACCAUUCAAAGCUGGACGCCUAUGGGGUGCGCUUGGUCGGCUGGCCCGAUGCCAUCCCUCUGCAGAAUCCAUCUACUUUCUCCGUGGCGCAGAACAAGCGGCUGCUGGAGAUGCUCGGGGCCGGACAAAUAUUCUUCGAACGUCUGGACGGAGUACCAAGUUCACAGAGCUGGCAGGAUUCAGUUGUUCAGUCGCCACACUUGGAUGAAGAGGCUAUGUUCGAGGAUGCCAUCGACUUCUCGUGGACCGGUGAGCCGGGCGAGAACGAGCCCCUGCAUCAGCCGGACGAUUGUGGCGACUCGUCGCUCGUAGAGCAUACAAGCUGGAGCCCGGGAGGUACCGCUGACCAUGCGGGACCCACUACGCCGAAGAAAAGACGUAUUGAGGAACCAUAAACAUGUUUCUUCUGCCCGACAGCCGGACAUACGGGUACGCUGGUCGUUGUUG